GUUGCCUUAUCCCCUUAUCAUUUAAUACAUUUAAUAUCAACAAAAUAAAAACACAAAAUGACGACGACAACGACAGUGAUCAGUCGCUUUCGUUUUCAUUUUCAGUUCGCGAGUUUAUUUGACCAAAAUAACACAAAAGUUGUAGGUGGUGCGUGUAAUAAAAUUAUACGAAUCAAUGAACAGUGAGAUAGAGAUUUCGUGGCUUUACUAAAAAAUUACAAAUUAAAAUUAAAAUUUUUAUGCAUAGGUACUCCCUAAAUAAAAUAAUGCAAUUGUUGCUCUUAUUGUUCAGAUAAAUUUACAAAAAAAAGGUUGCUUAAAAGAAUUAAUUCAUAUUAAGUUAGUUAAGCUACUUAACAUAACUAAUUGGCAAAUAACAGCUACAUUUUAAUUGAAUUCAAUUUGUUUUAUAACUUGCGAUUUGUGUCGUCAUAAACUGAAAGAGAAAUGGGGGAGAAGCGCGAAUAUUAUAUCUGAUUGUACUUUUACGGUAUAUUGUAUAACAAACACGGGCAAUGUGAUUGUUUAACUAAAGUAUCUCAACAAAAAUAAAUUUUAUAUUUUGAAUUAUAAAAUUUAAUCCAUAAAAUCUCUCUAAUCGGCAUGGUGUCUUAAUUUUUUUGCUAAAAAAUUCAUAUUCUUAUUACAUAUAAUCGAAAACACACUUAUUUUUAAAGAAAAAUAAACAAACACGAUAAUAACAAAAACUGAACCAAUAAGCAUAUACAGAACCGUCAAUAAAAAGGCCAAAAUAGAACCAAAGUAUUAAUUUUUAAGGAUAUUUGGGACAAAAUACACAAUCCAAAAUGGCAAUAAAGGAUUUAUUGCAGCAUUUCCGGCCAGCUCAAUUGUAUAUAGUUUUAAUUUUAUCAAUAUGUUACUUUAGUCUUCAGAUGGUGUUAAGUCAUAUGACGCAUGGUCUGACCUUGCUCAUGUCAUCCUACCAUAUGCUGUGUAAUAUAUUUGCAUUAACAGGAUGCAUUAUAACGAUGAAGCACAACGACGGCAACUCAACUUGGGAUGACAACAUGGACUAUGAUAUUUCAAGAAAACCCAAGGAUGCUGAAGACAAAUUUAUCUGUGUGAAUCUCAGUGUUGAAGAGAAAUCACUACGGAAUAUUGAAAUUCGUGAAAGGAAGCUCAGAAACACAUUCGGUUGGGCUAGAAUUGAUGUUCUCACAAUGUUGAUAGUAUGCAUAUUUUUGGCUUCUCUUUCAUUUUCGCUGUUAGUAGAAGCGCUUCAAACGUUAAUUCACAUCGAUCAUCAAGACUCAAUGCACCUCCCAGUUCCUGUUCUCAUUCUGGGAUUUGUGGGUCUCAUAUUAAAUGGCAUUUGUUAUCUAAUUAUCGGUGGAUAUACUAUGCACCAGGGUAGUUUCUUACAUAUGACCUCUAACGGAGAUGUUAUCCUGGACAGUGAAAAACCAAACAAAGGAGAUUCAGCUGAAUGCGGCAUUGCAACAUCAUCUGCAGUAGCGAAUAAUUUAGAAGAGACCAACCCAAGAUUCAAAAAAGAAAAACAAAGUUUGGUUGACAUGUUUCGGGAUGUAUCCAGUACAUUAUUUGUCAUUGUUUGUGCUGUGAUUGUCUAUAUGUCGAAAGACGAGCACACAGCUAAAUUUAUUGAUCCUAUUAUAUCAAUAUUUUCGUGUGUGGUACUUGUCACGCUCAGCUAUCCAUACAUGAAGGAAUCGUGUCUCAUUUUGCUCCAAACUAUACCAGCUUCCAUUAAUAUUGACAUCUUUGAAAAGAAUUUGGAGACAAAAUUUCCAGAAAUCAUCAGUUAUCAUGACCUUCACAUAUGGCAAUUGACUUCAAACAAAUUUGUAUCAACAGUACAUAUCAAAUUUAAAAGUCAACAACUUUAUACCAAAAUAAUUGAUGACGUGAGGAAUUUUUUUAUAGACCAGGGAAUAACAAUUGUAACAAUACAACCGGAGUUUCAAGAUAUAAUAUCACCGGAUUCCAUAGAAUGUUUAGUUCAAUGCAAUGCAAGUGAUUGUAUCACUAAAGUUUGCUGUCAGCAGUCAAGAAACGAUCUUCAUGAACUGAUCUCUUCAAAUGGAGAUCUAAAAGCGAUAAAAAAUAUUUCAGAGCUCCAACAGGAAAAUAAAAUUCCGAAUACAUUGAAAACAAGCAAUUUAAUAGAAAGAUCACAGUCGGUAAAUAAUAUAACUUGUUGCCAUUCAAUUGACGUUCAAUGUGGUUCAAAAUUUAAUAGUAAAAAUACAACUGGUGGAAGAAAUAGCAUUUCGGUAACUGCGAUAUCUUCUUCGCCAAAUAUUAAUUUAACUCGACAUAACGAGGCCUAAGCUGAAAAUAUGAAUUAAUAUUAGUUUUAAAUAUUAAAUAAAAUUAAAUUUUUAAUUUUUACAAUUUGACGAUUGUAUGAAAUGGCAGCAAAGAAAUUAGAAAAUAUUUGUUUAAGAUAUAUUUUCAUACGAUGUACUUUUUUUUACUAAUGUUGUUUUAUAUUGUAAAGUAUGUACAAAGUGGUUCCAAAUACAAAUAUUGUAGGUAUUGUUUAAUCACUAUAAUGUUAUGUUUUAUAAAGGAAGUUGAAGACGCAAAUCUGUAUUAUUCUUAUUUGUUUUUAAAAAUAAAAGACCA